GCACAAAUCAACCCUUCCAUAUUUGCUUAUGUGCUGCACUGCUUGGACUUCCUCGUUUCAUGGAGAGACGCUGGGCGUAGUACCGCCGUCCGCCGGCAGGGGGCGACGCAGAGGCAGAAGUGAUGAGGAGGAGACGCCGGACUAAAAACAGGGGCUGGCCUUGACGGAGGAGGGCCAGCAUGCCAAUUUCCAUAGCGCUCGCGCACGUGGGUAGAGUAGAGACGAGAAGGCUGGCCGCUCUGACUCACACCGACAGACACCGAGGACUCCUCGCGGUUGAGCCCGGCCGGCAUCGCAGAGAGAGCGGACGGUGAGAGACCGGCAGAAGCGGGAAGCUUUGCGCGGGUGUGUGUGUUUUGUGUGACUUCCGCCCCCCCCCCCUCUCGCGCGGAACCAAGAAAAUUCAAGCCAACGAUGUCGGCGUUAAAGAAGAGAAACUCCAACGCCUCGGCGGACAGGGAUGAGGACAAGCAGGUGACGGAGAGGAUGCUGUCCCCCGGCGAGGAGAAGGGGGAGCCGGGCGGAGGAGAGGAAGGGGUCGCGCUGAAGAAGACCAUCACCCUGUACAACGGCGUGGCCCUCAUCGUGGGCACCAUCAUCGGCUCGGGCAUCUUCGUCACGCCGUCCGGCGUGGUGAAGGAGACCGGCUCGGUGGGUCUGUCCCUGGUGGUGUGGACGGUGUGCGGCGUGUUCUCCACGGUGGGGGCCCUCUGCUACGCGGAGCUGGGGACCACCAUCACCAAGUCCGGCGGGGACUACGCCUACAUCCUGGAGGUGUACGGCCCCCUGCUGGCUUUCCUCAAACUGUGGAUCGAGCUGCUCAUCAUCCGGCCGUCCUCGCAGUACAUCGUCGCCUACGUGUUCGCCACCUACCUGCUCAAGCCCCUGUUCCCCGUGUGCCCGGUGCCGGAGGAAGGGGCCAAGCUCUUGGCGUGCCUCUGCAUCCUCUUGUUGACCUUUGUGAACUGCUACAGCGUGAAGGCGGCCACCAGGGUGCAGGACAUCUUCGCUGUUGCCAAGCUCCUGGCUCUUGUGAUGAUCAUCAUCAUCGGCUUCGUCAAGAUCGGCCAAGGUGGCGUCGACCGCCUUCUCCCGGAGAAUUCGUUCGAGGGCUCCAAGUACGAGUUCGGCAGCUUGGGGCUGGCGAUGUACAGCGGCCUGUUUGCUUACGGCGGCUGGAACUACUUGAAUCUGGUCACCGAGGAGAUGAUUGAGCCUUUCAAAAACCUUCCCCGCGCCAUCAUCAUCUCCCUGCCCAUCGUGACGGUGGUCUACGUUCUGACCAACCUGGCCUACUUCACCACCCUCUCCCCCGAGCGGAUGCUCAACUCGGAGGCCGUGGCCGUGGAUUUUGGUAAUGAGCACCUGGGUCCGAUGGCAUGGAUCAUCCCCGUGUUUGUUGGCAUGUCCUGCUUCGGAUCGGUCAACGGCUCUCUGUUCACAUCAUCCAGGUUGUUCUUCGUGGGUUCCCGCGAGGGUCACCUGCCCAGUCUGCUGUCCAUGAUCCACCCCACCCUGCUGACCCCGCUGCCCUCACUCAUAUUCACCUGCCUGAUGACGCUGCUCUACGCCUUCUCCAACGACAUCUUCUCCGUCAUCAACUUCUUCAGCUUCUUCAACUGGCUCUGCAUCGCCUUGGCGAUCGUCGGGAUGAUGUGGCUCCGCUACAAGAAGCCCGAGAUGGAGCGACCGAUCAAGGUGAAUAUUCUGCUGCCGGUGAGCUUCGUGCUCGCCUGCCUCUUCCUCAUCGUCGUCUCCAUCUGGAAGACCCCGGUGGAGUGCGCCGUCGGCUUCGGCAUCAUCGCGACGGGAAUCCCCGUCUACUUCAUCGGCGUGCGGUGGCAGAACAAACCCAAGUGGAUGCAGCACAGAAUCUGCUCGACCACGGCCUUGUGUCAGAAGAUGAUGAAGGUGGUGCCUCAGGCGACCUAAAAGGCCUUUACAGUUAAUCGGGCUGCACUAAACGGUGACCUCUGGGUUCUGACGUCACAGCUGAUGAAGCUUGACCUCCGUUGACCCCCCCCCCGACCCCUCUCUCCCUCUCCAUGUCCACGUCUCCCACCCAGUCUGCAGGGUGCUGAUAAGGACCCGACGAAGAUGGAAACACGCCCCCCUAAGUGCUCUUCAGACGCUUUUCUUUUGUUUCUUAUGGACUCUUUUUAUUGUCACUAACCAUUCCUUGUAGGUUGUACUACCUUUUUUUUUGUAUGAUGAACUGUUACUUUAAUUAGAUUUUCUUCUGGCUGUCCUCCGGUUGUAUUUAGGAAAUUGUGCCUCAGGUGGCAGAAUGUACGACGGCGUAGCCGUCGCCGUAGUCGGCUGCGGCGUCUCACUUUUUUUGUUUUUGUAUUUAACUUUUUUUCCCAUUUUUUAUAUCCUGCAAGAAUCCACUUUUAAUCUCCCGGUAGCCAACUUUUUUUUCUUUUUAAGCAAAAAGUCUCACGUGAAACGAGAUUCGCGUCUUCGGACGUCGUUGCCGAAGCGCCGGAGGCCUUUUGGGUCCCGCGUUACAAUACCGCAGCGCUUUUCGUGGAAAGUCUCUCGUCGUCGUCCGUCGGUCGCCGCGAACCCGGGACGACUCGCCGGCGGCUAUCGCUGCCGCCGCUGCAGGGAGACGUGGAUCGAAGACCUCGGGGUGCCGGAGAGAUGCUCUUUUUGUUUUCUCCCAGAGAAAAGACUAAACAUGUUGUGGGUCUGCGAUCUUCUUUUCCCUUUUCAGGGAUCAAUAUCUUGAUCAAUAUCGUGUUUCGGACUCCUCACUGUAAUAAUGUUGACGCUUCAGACUCCGUGCGCUUUGCGUUUUUUUUUUUACAUCUUCUCUAAGAUGGCGAGGGCACAUUGUGACAUCAGUGUUUUUGUUGUUCUUCAUCCAUUUCAUCACAUUUUUCCUUUUCAUCUUUCCACACACACACACACACACAGUGAUAGUUGCACAAAAAUAAGUUAGUGCUGUUUUUUUAACGUUGACAAUCCUCCUGACAACGGGCUGUUUCACAGUGCGGCGCUUUAGUUGUUGCCGUGGCGACGGUGGCGGCCGUGGCGGGAGGGGUUACUAUGUGUAUGAGAUAGAACGUCGUAAUAACACUCCAGCCAUCGCACAACGCAGAUGGGUGAACUAACCUGACUAGGUCUGUAGAAAGUUUAUUUAUUUAUUUGUAGGUUAUUUUUUGUUUAUUUGUCCCUCUAACUUUGGUUACAUGGCAUUUUAUGGAAAGUGCUUAAAAAAUAAAUGAGGUAUUUUUCCACUUUA